AGGAGGCGGUGCUUCCCCUUCUCCCCGGCGGUUAGUGCUGAGAGUGCGGAGUGUGUGCUCCGGGCUCGGAACACACAUUUAUUAUUAAAAAAAUCCAAAAAAAAUCUAAAAAAAUCUUUUAAAAAACCCCAAAAAAAAAUUUACAAAAAAAUCCGCGUCUCCCCCGCCGGAGACUUUUAUUUUUUUUUUUCCUUCCUCUUUUAUAAAAUAACCCGGUGAAGCAGCCGAGACCGACCCGCCCGCCCGCGGCCCCGCAGCAGCUCCAAGAAGGAACCAAGAGACCGAGGCCUUCUCCCGCUGCCCGGACCCGACACCGCCACCCUCGCUCCCCAGCCGGCAGCCAGCAGCCAAGCCUCCAGCGGCAGCGGAUCGACCCGAUUCUGCGGCCGUUGAGUAGUUCCCGAUUCCGGUUGAUUUUUGUCCCUCUGCGCUUGCCCCCGCUCCCCUCCCCCCGGCUCCGGCCCCCCGGCCCCGGCACUCUCUCCCCUCCUCUGACGGGAAAGGUCGCGCGGCCUGUGGCCCUGCAGGCAGCCGUGCCGAGAUGAACCCCAGCGCCCCCAGCUACCCCAUGGCCUCGCUCUACGUGGGGGACCUACACCCCGAUGUGACCGAGGCGAUGCUCUAUGAGAAGUUCAGCCCGGCCGGGCCCAUCCUCUCCAUCCGGGUCUGCAGGGACAUGAUCACCCGCCGCUCCUUGGGCUACGCGUAUGUGAACUUCCAGCAGCCGGCGGACGCGGAGCGUGCUUUGGACACCAUGAAUUUUGAUGUGAUAAAGGGCAAGCCAGUACGCAUCAUGUGGUCUCAGCGUGAUCCAUCACUUCGCAAAAGUGGUGUGGGCAACAUAUUCAUUAAAAAUUUGGAUAAAUCCAUUGAUAAUAAAGCACUGUAUGAUACAUUUUCUGCUUUUGGUAACAUCCUUUCAUGUAAGGUGGUUUGUGAUGAAAAUGGUUCCAAGGGUUAUGGAUUUGUGCAUUUUGAGACACAGGAAGCAGCUGAAAGAGCUAUUGAAAAAAUGAAUGGGAUGCUUCUAAAUGAUCGCAAAGUAUUUGUUGGAAGAUUUAAGUCUCGUAAAGAACGAGAAGCAGAACUUGGAGCUAGAGCAAAAGAGUUCACCAAUGUUUACAUCAAGAAUUUUGGAGAAGACAUGGAUGAUGAGCGCCUUAAGGAUCUCUUUGGCAAGUUUGGGCCUGCCUUAAGUGUGAAAGUAAUGACUGAUGAGAGUGGAAAAUCCAAAGGCUUUGGAUUUGUAAGCUUUGAAAGGCAUGAAGAUGCACAAAAAGCUGUGGAUGAGAUGAAUGGAAAAGAGCUCAAUGGAAAACAAAUUUAUGUUGGUCGAGCCCAGAAAAAAGUGGAACGACAGACAGAACUUAAGCGCAAAUUUGAACAGAUGAAGCAAGAUAGGAUCACCAGAUACCAGGGUGUUAACCUUUAUGUGAAAAAUCUUGAUGAUGGUAUUGAUGAUGAACGUCUCCGGAAAGAGUUUUCUCCAUUUGGCACAAUCACCAGUGCAAAGGUUAUGAUGGAGGGUGGUCGCAGCAAAGGUUUUGGUUUUGUAUGUUUCUCCUCCCCAGAAGAAGCUACUAAAGCAGUUACGGAAAUGAACGGUAGAAUUGUGGCCACCAAGCCAUUGUAUGUAGCUUUAGCUCAGCGCAAAGAAGAGCGCCAGGCUCACCUCACUAACCAAUAUAUGCAGAGGAUGGCAAGUGUAAGAGCUGUGCCCAACCCCGUAAUCAACCCCUACCAGCCAGCACCUCCUUCAGGUUACUUCAUGGCAGCUAUCCCACAGACUCAGAACCGUGCUGCGUACUACCCUCCUAGCCAGAUUGCCCAACUAAGACCAAGUCCUCGCUGGACUGCUCAGGGUGCCAGACCUCAUCCAUUCCAAAAUAUGCCCGGUGCUAUCCGCCCAGCCGCUCCUAGACCACCAUUUAGUACUAUGAGACCAGCUUCUUCACAGGUUCCACGAGUCAUGUCGACACAGCGUGUUGCUAACACAUCAACACAGACGAUGGGUCCACGUCCCGCAGCUGCUGCUGCUGCAGCUACUCCUGCUGUUCGCACCGUUCCACAGUACAAAUAUGCUGCGGGAGUUCGCAAUCCUCAACAGCAUCUUAAUGCACAGCCACAAGUCACCAUGCAGCAGCCCGCUGUUCAUGUACAAGGUCAGGAGCCUCUGACUGCUUCCAUGUUGGCAUCUGCCCCUCCUCAAGAGCAGAAGCAAAUGUUGGGUGAACGGCUCUUUCCUCUAAUUCAAGCCAUGCACCCUACUCUUGCUGGUAAAAUCACUGGCAUGUUGUUGGAGAUUGAUAAUUCAGAACUUCUUCAUAUGCUUGAGUCUCCAGAGUCUCUCCGUUCUAAAGUUGAUGAAGCUGUAGCCGUAUUACAAGCCCACCAAGCAAAAGAGGCUGCCCAGAAAGCAGUUAACAGUGCCACCGGGGUUCCGACUGUCUAAAAUGAUCAGGGACCAUGAGAAGAAACUCGUGCUUCACCGAAGAAAAAUACCUAAACAUCGAAAAACUUAAAUAUUAUGGAAAAAAAACAUUGCAAAAUAUAAAAUAAAUAAAAAAAGGAAAGGAAACUUUGAACCUUAUGUACCGAGCAAAUGCCAGGUCUAGCAAACAUAGUGCUAGUCCUAGAUUACUUAUUGAUUUAAAAACAACAAAAAAACACAAAAAAAUAGUAAAAUAUAAAAACAAAUUAAUGUUUUAUAGACCAUGGGAAAAAGAAUUUUCAGCAAAGUACAAAAAUUUAAAGCAUUCCUUUCUUUAAUUUUGUAAUUCUUUACUGUGGAAUAGCUCAGAAUGUCACUUCUGUUUUAAGUAACAGAAUUGAUAACUGAGCAAGGAAACGUAAUUUGGAUUAUAAAAUUCUUGCUUUAAUAAAAAUUCCUUAAACAGUGCACAGUGAUGUUAUGCUAUUUUAUUUCUCUUUGUAAUUGGCUUGGGAAAAUAAGUGAUAGUUGGAACUGACGUUAAGAGCCUCUUUCAUAACAAAGAUAUUGUUUUUCAGAAAUUUAUUAGGUUUAUGGAAGAGACAUAAUGCAUUUUAUGAAGUCAGAUUUCCAUGUGAUUUCUUUUGAGAUGAUUUCAAUAUAUGAUACGUUAAGGUUUCUAGGCUGGGAGAUAGCUUUUAAACUAUCACUUAUGUGGUAUAAAACAGUAAUAACUACUGUGUUUGCUGGACAGGAAGGUGUAGAUAAUAUAAAAAUUAUACUAAAAACUAGUUACAUUAAGUGUACUUAGGAUUAGUUUUAAGCCUUAAUUUUAUAGACUUGUAAUUUGACUUAUUGAUUAUUGCGACUUAACUCAGUAUAAUACCUUAUCAUCCAAAGUACUUUUAAAUAAUGAAGAUAAUAGGGUUUCUCCAUUGAGAGAAGUGGGUUUAGAACAUCAGGAUUGGGGCCCGGGGCAUACACAUUAAACAGGUAUCCCUGACAAUUUCAGUGUGCUUUAGAGAAUGAUCUGGUUUCAACUCUUAUUUCAUUCUCUACACACUACUGCCAGAGUUUGCUUUGUGAGUUGCAUAUCUGAUUAUCACCAUGCUAGAAUUACCUCAACUGUCUUGCCUUUGGGAGCAAAUAAGUCUAAAACUUUAGUUAUGACAGUGCCAGCCCUCCCUGCAUAUUGAAGCCUUAACCAUGCUUCUGUACCUGGAAUGUGUUUCACCUUAUUCUGAAACUCAAGAUACACAAACCCCACUUCCUGCCUCAUGGCUUAUAUCAUGCACCUGGUAGGCAUUAUUAACGUGAUGAUUUUGUAUUUUCCCUGGCUGUAGUCCUACCCUGACUGUUGAGAUGAAAACAAUUUUUAUGAAUCAUGAAAGCUUUCCUCAAUGCUUCAAGAAGGCAGGGAUAUAUCUCAAUUUGAAUACAGAAUGGUUCAAGCCUUCACGUUUUAAAGGAGCAGCUUCUAAGAUGUCUUGAGCUAAAGUUCUCACAGUUGAAAACCAUUCCAGAUCUAGAGUUGCAGAUAGUGUUCACAGACAGUAGUUUGCUUUGUAUGUUGGAUAGCUAGAAUUCAGUAUUUCUUGUGUGAUACAAAGAUAUCAUUUGAUUUUGAAAUGUCUGUUUUCUUAGAGGAAACAACAAAACAAGUAGAUGUCUGUAAUCUACUUGUAGGAGUUGACAUAGGAAAAAAAUGUUCAUUGUUUGAUUGUGUAAGUUUACCUACUCAACCAAAAGUUAACUUGUCACCCACAAAAUCUUUGUGCAAACAGACAUCAGUCAUCUGCGGAUGGCACAGAACGUUGAAAAAUGAGUCACCUGAAAUCCACGUGUUUCCAGCUGAACUAAAAAAUGCCUUGUUUCAGCUCUCAAAAACAAGUGUCCGUUUCAAGGCCUGCUUGUGUCUCACUUUGACAUUCUCGUGCUAUGUGUGUCUGUGAGCGAGUGUGUGUAUGAUUUUACUGUUAAGUGGCCCCUCUGGAGAAAAUGUAAGUUUCAUUUGGGCAUAAGUUAUAGAGCUGUCAGCUGUGGGUUCAGUGUUAACAAUAUAUAUUAAAUAAGGUGUAUUUAGACAGAGACAGAGCUGUGUGUCAGUUGAUGAAAAUGUGGUCAGCUUACAGGUACCUAACCUGUUUCCCCUAGGAGCAGUGAUUCAGUUAUUUACUAGUUUCAGUGUUAGCAAGACUUCAGGAAACAAUCUUCACAGAUGAUAACUGACUAGUGUCUGAUAAAUACAUGGCUGAGCACUCCUGGUGCCUCAAACGGUAAAGAAUUUGCAUGUAUUCGGGAAACCUGGGUUCAGGCUCUGGGUUGGGAAGAUCCCCUGGAGGGAGGGCAUGGCAACCCACUCCAGUAUUGCCUGGAGAGUCUAGGCUCCAGUCCAUGGGGUUGCAAAGAGUCAGACAUGACUGAGCACACCCAGCUUCAGGUAGGAUUUGAAAUGAAGCACUGUGAAGGAUGCUACCGUAUCCUACAAGGCUUACUUAACGGCAGCUUCUAUUGACAGGAGAUGAUAAUGGCUACUUGGAAACUGCUUUUUUAGCCUAGAAUCUCCUUUUCUGUAGCAUGCGCACUAAGUUGCAUGGCUAAAACAAGCUACUGUAUCUUUACAGGAUGCUACCUUUGAUUAUACCUCUGUCAAACCAAUGGAUCACAAAUGAGUGAAAUUUUAGAGAGUACUUUGAAAUUUUCUUACUCUUGAUGUAAAACCAUGGUCCCUAUUAAUUUGCAGUGAGUAAAUGAAGACCUGGAUAGCUGUGCUUAAUAAGUGCAUUUUUCCUGUAAGACCAUUUCUCAUGGAAAUGAUCAGGUUCUGUUCAAUUUUGAAGCCCAGUGGGUGGAGCUGGCCAUCUCUGCCCUGCCCUGAUGGUCUGACGCAUGCUGAUUUGCUGGAGAUCAGUGCCACACAGAUGAGUUCUGGUCUUUUUUCUAGGCUUCACAUUGAAGAUUCUUCACAUUCACAGAGUCAAUUAGACAAUCUUAACUAGUUGAACUUAAAGGGUUUUUAAGUUACUUUGAUAACAUCUCGUGUUGCUUUGUCUUCUCAGCCACCUAGUUGCAAGUGUUAGGUGUAAAAGUGGCAGAAUAAGAAGAACGCUGAUUUUAGGUGUUGCCUUGUUUACUUUUCUGUCUCCACAGUUUUAAGUUUGGGGGCGGAGUAGGGGCGAAUUGUCUUUUCAACAAAGAGUGGUGGUGAUAGUGGUUCAGUCUCUUAAGACUCUUGUGACUCCAUGAUCUGUAGCCCAUUAAGAUCUGUACAUGAUCUGUAGUCCAUGGAAUUUUCCAGGCAAGAACACUGAAAUGAGUUGUCAUGCCCCCCUCUUCCUGGCCCAGGGAUUGAAUCCAGGUCUCCUGCAUUGCAGGUAGAUUUCUUUAGUGACUGAGCCACCACAGAAAGCCCUAACAAAGUUAGAAAAGCAUGCAAUUUACUUUGUUACUGAAAACAUCCCCAGAAAGCCUGAAACAGUUUAUUCAUUUAUUAGCCUAACCUAACAUUCUCCCUAUAGAGAGGAAACUGUUCAUGUUGGAAGGCAAGAAUAUUUUUUUAGAUCCCACAAAAUACAUAGCAAUAAUUGAUAAAGGUAUAUAUGAGCAGGUGGAUAUGUGACUGGUGAUAAAGUUUUGUUUCUAUGUGUUUCCAAUCCCAAGUAAGAAAAAAUGUACUUGGAAUAUCUUAUUCUGAUAUUUAAAUCUAAGUAAAUAUGCCAGACUGACAUCCAAAAAGUCUUUUAAUCGUCCCCCCAGAUGUUAAUAUUUCCCAAACCAUUGAAAUCUGUCUAAGAUACUUUGACCGUUUUUUUGAAGUAACAGCAUAAAAAGUUCUAAAAAUGUAAAAAAAUGAAUCAGAUACUUAAUUGUAUGCUAGACAUGGUUUUUAAAUUUGUUACAGACCUCAUCUUUUGUAAGUAACCACUUAACAAAUGUUGGUGAUUAUUUACAAUACCGAUUAUGAUACAGUGAUAAUUUGGUGGAACAGUUAAUUAUGGGCAACAACAAAAAUUGAAAUGAGUGAGGAAUGGAGAUCGUGUGCACUAAACAGUUAUGGGCACCUGUGUAGAGCAGGGAUUCUUAAGAUGGGCGGAGCAUUUGAAAAAUCAGAAUUUUUUUUAAACAUUGAAAAGCUUGUUUUUGAAUAUUGAGUAUGUGCUACAUGUUGACGUAUCAAGUGAACUCUCCAUGCACUAUCUCAUUCAGUUAUUAAAACCAUCCCUAAGUUAGAUUCAAUCAUAUAUUCUCAUUCUACAGAUGAGGAAAAUUAAAGAAGUUUCAUGACUUGCCCAAAGCACAUAAGUGGUAGUGAAGCUUGGAUUUGAAUCCAGACCUACAGGCUUUACAGUGCAUGCUCUUAGGGACUGUGUAAACUGCCUAUGAACUGUGAAAAAGUGAAGUUCCAUGAAAUCUCAGAUGCUUAGGCUACCUUCAGCUUAGGAGGUGAUGGGAAAUAUCAGUGCUUGAGAGUAAGGUAAAACAAAGAUGCUUUUCUGUUGUCACAUUUUAGGGCAGUCAAAAAACAGGGAAAGAGAAAGUCAUUAUUUAGGAAAAUGAAAAAGGACGUCUUUAACCAACCUGAGCAUAAUUUUAAAUCAAUCCUUUCUUCUGAGCAUCUCGGACUGCCUGGGAACAUCAGACUUUUCUUUUAGCAACACUGUGAUCAUUUUUCUGAGUUUGUUCAUAUUCUAGGUUCUCUUGGAAUUAUAAAUGGACUUAACCAAAACCUUUUAAUUACCCUAAGAGUUUUCAUAAAACUUGUGGAACUAACCUUCUGACCCUGUAUUGUACUUGGGUGCUGUGCGUGCAUGCUAAGUCACUUCAGUCACGUCCAGCUCAUUGUGAUCCUAUGGCCUGUAUCCUGCCAAACUCUGUCCAUAGGAUUCCCAGGCAAGACUGCUGAAAUGGGUUGCCAUUUACUCCCCCAGGGGAUCCCUGGCCCAACAAUCAAACUCCUAUAAAUCUCCUGCACUGGCAGGCAGAUUUUUUUUUUUACCACUGAGCCACCUGGGAACAUACCAACCUUUUCUCAACAGUUAUUAGCAAAUAGAUAAAAUGCUAAUUGGCUGCUGCUAAAGAAGAAAUUUCCAACAAGUUGGGUAUGUUUUAUUUAAAUAACCUGCUGUUAGUAAGUAGCAAAACCAAAUCUAGAACUCCAGGAUCUGUGACUCGAGUCUGUGCUAUUAACUUUCAUUUUAGUUUAGCUUUUAUUUCUCUUGCUAUUCCUUUAUGCUGAAAAAAAUUCAGACAAGAAUUCUUUGUACUUCCUUCCCUAAUUACAUUAAUGGAUAACAACUUUUAAAAACAGAUCACUGAAGUGAUGUCAGAAUCAUGAUGAUCUAAGCCCUUUUCUCUAUCCUUUUGAACAACUAACCAGACCACAAGAGGACAGAAGCGCCUCCAUACAUGACUCCAGAGGACACACCAGCCCACCUGUGCAGAGGUGACAGGUUUUAGUAGGUUGUGGCUCCAAGGGGUAUGAUGAACCUACCCUGCCCACCAUCACUUGCCAUGGACUGGGGGGAAAAGAGCCCGGAGGGUGCAAAACUGGGUGGAUGGUGGAUAUCCACCGGCAAGAGAAAGCUGGUGGAAGUCUGGCCUGCCUGGGGAGAUUCUGUCCAGGGGAGCACAUUGAUUGAAACUGCCCAUCCCGGCCAGGCACCAUAGUAACCAUUUCCAUGAGCUGUUUUAUGACAGGAGAUCCUGGUAAGGAAUACGGAACUAAUAAGCCACCACCAACAGGAAGAGUUCGGGAAAGGUCGAAAGGAGACACCGCGUGUCCAUCCACUUCCCAGAAUCCCUCUCACUAGCAUCCAUCUUGGCUGAGUGAUGCGUGUGCCACCAGGAAAGACUCUGAAUUAGAAUGAUUGGCCAAAGACCACCCGGAAACUAAUCCCAUCACCAUAAAACCGAGACUGGGAGCAGAGCUGUUCUGGGUUCCCUCUACUGCUUUCCACCCAGGUGCCCUUUCCCAAUAAAAUCUCUUGCUUUGUCA